CUCGUCACCCUCCACCCUGUAACCGAAAAACCUGAAAUCUCUCUCUCUCCCCAUCUAUAUACGCAGAUAUGAGUCAUAUGACCUGAGCAUAGGAGCUUUUCAAUGGCUAUUCUAGCCUCAUUACCAGGUCUCAACCUCUUCUCAAACCUCCCAUCAACCUCACCUCCAAACGACCCCUCCACCACUUCAAUCCUCCCCAAGCCACCCAUCCCCAUCCCUAAAUACCCACCUCCCCUCAAAUCCCAGAAAUCCCCAAAACACUCUCAAGACCCCCCAAAAAAUCCCGCCUUCAAAACCCACCACCACAAUUCCAAAUACUAUAAGCCCAUUAAAACCGGCCAAGUCAUCUCACCCAACGGUGACGACGACCGCUCCGUCGUCGUCGGCGAGUCUGGUGUAUCCUAUCGCCUCGCCGGAGCCCCAUUCGACUUUCAAUUCAGUUACUCUGAAACUCCAAAAGUGAAACCUUUAGCUAUUCGAGAGCCAGCUUUUUUACCCUUUGCUCCACCCACAAUGCCGAGGCCGUGGACUGGAAAAGCCCCAAUGAAAAAGUCCAAGAAAAAAAUUCCGCUGUUCGGAUCUUUAAAUCAACCAGAGACUAAUGGGGUUAAGCAUUUGGAAAUGCUAAGGCCAUACCAUCUUGGAAAAUAUUCAACUGAGGUUCAAAACAGAGGGAAAGUGUUAGGAAAGCCGUUAACAAAGGCGGAGAUUAUAGAGCUUGUAAAGCCUUGCGUGUCUUGUAAUAGACAGGUUAAUCUUGGUAGGGAUGGGUUGACACACAAUAUGUUGGGCUUGAUACAUACACAUUGGAGGCGGCAGCCCGUUUGUAAAGUUCGAUGUUUAGGUGUUCCAACAGUUGAUAUGGACAACGUAUGCCGGUGUCUUGAGGACAAGACUGGUGGAAAGAUUAUUCGUCGAGUUGGUGGUGUGCUUUAUCUUUUCCGUGGCAGAAACUACGAUCAUCAUACUCGUCCACAGUAUCCUAUGAUGCUCUGGAAACCAGCUGCUCCUGUUUACCCGAAACUUAUACAAGAAGCUCCAGAAGGGUUAACAAAAGCUGAAGCUUCUGAGCUACGAAUAAAAGGGAAAAAACUCCCCCCAAUUUGUAAACUACCAAAAAAUGGAGUGUAUAUUUCCCUUGUGAGGGAUGUGAGGAUUGCUUUUGAAGGAUAUCAUUUGGUGAAGAUUGACUGCAAGGGGAUGCAUGCAAGUGAUUACAAAAAGAUAGGAGCUAAGCUGAAGGAAUUGGUUCCUUGUGUGCUAUUAUCUUUUGAUGAUGAACAGAUAUUGAUGUGGAGAGGAAAAGAUUGGAAAUCCCUAUACCAAGAUGCUCCUCCAACUUCAAGCCGUACUAGUAGUGACUUUGCAAAUGGUCCCAAUUAUACAGGAAAUAGCGGUGUUGACUCUGAAAAAUCAGACACUAGAAUGGUGAGCUCAAGUCCUAAAAUGAUGUCCCUGUGGAAUCGUGCCAUCGAGUCAAGCAAGGCAUUGUUACUGGAUGAAAUUUGUCUUAAUCCUGAUGAUCUGUUGAAGAAGGUGGAAGAAUUUCAAAGCACAUCACAGGCCUCAGAGCACUCCUAUCCUGCAUUAGUCUUGUCAAGUGAAGAUAGGUCUGGUUUUUCAAGGACAGAGUAUGAAGAUAAUUCUCAGGAUGAGGACUGUGAGAUCUAUGGUCAUGAUUAUGAUGAUAAAUAUUACAUCAACGAAUCAUUUGGAGAGGUGGACUCAUCAGCUCCUUUAGGAUCUUUGCCUGUGGAUUGGAUAGCAAAGCAGCUAAAUGACAGUAAGGAAUAAAAAUUUAGCUAAAGAUCUGUUCAAGGUGUUCCAAAUGAGUUGCAAUGUCUUGUUUCAUAUUUUUUCCACUAGUGUAUUUAAGAGGCCAUUAAUCUGAAGGUUGGUAGAAUUUUUUUCUUUUUUUUUUUUGGGGGGGGGGGGGGGGGG